AUGGCAACAGCCGCAAUGAAUCCAGAACAAAAGACUGCCCUAGCAGCUGAUGUGGAAGAAGCUCGACAGCAAGCAGAAUCUACUACUACUACUACCAGUCAUUAUGAUCCCCACAUGGUCCGAAAUUCCUUGAUUGCCGGGAGUGUAGCUGGAGUGACAUCGACCUUGGCGUGUCAUCCGUUUGAUGUGAUUCGCACCAAAAUGCAAGCGGCGUCCAUGACGUCUUCCACACCCUCCAAUCCACUUCGCGUCGUAUCGCAAACAUUUCACAAUGGAGGUCUGCGAGCACUGUAUACUGGAUUGGCACUGCCAUUGGCGGCGCAAGCCGUCUACAAGGCUACCAUUUUUACCGUUCAUAAUGUCACGCAAAAGACAUUGACGGAAUGGAAAAGUACCUCCAGCAACACAACAACAAACGAAACAAAAGAUCCACUACGGACACUCCAGGACCAAUUUGUGUGUGGAUUUGUGGCAGGAGGCGUCAAUGCGGCAUUCUUUGUCACACCCGUCGAAUUUGUACGGAAUCAAUUGAUCAAACAACAUUCACUUCAGGUACAACAACAACAACCACAACAACCAUCCCAACAAGCUGCCUUUUCGGGGCCACUAAGUGUCGUGCGACACACGAUACGACAAGCUGGUAUAGGGGGGUUGUGGAAGGGAAUCGGUGUGACCGUCGCGAGAGAUUCCAUUGGCGUUGGAUUCUUUUUUGCCUCCAUGCAAUGGUGUCAGGACUAUUUCAAAACUACUACUACAAAUAAUAAUCAACAACCCCAAAAGCCGUCACUGACUACCACGAUUCUCUCGGGAGCCGUGGCGGGCCUCACCUAUUGGAUUGUGGCAUUGCCACUCGACUCUGUCAAGACGUGGGUACAAUCCGACAUGGCCGAUUCGGCAUUCCAAGCGGUACGAACGUCCCUGGAAACACAGGGACUCCGACAAACACUGGUCAAACUAUUUGCAGGAUUCCAAGUUGCCUAUGCCAGGGGAAUUCCGUCGGCGGCCAUUACCGUCACAACCUACUCGCUUUGUUACCAGGCAGUACGGGAAUCUUAAAAAUACAUGGCAAAUGCCAACUUACUUGGGAUCGACUACCAAUUUUGGUACGAUGUGCUCAUCAACACGUUUGAUGGGUGCGAGAGCGCGAUGUUUUGUACUGGGAAUCCUGCUAACCGCAGUUCCUGACAGAAUAGUUGUCCCAAGUGCCGUGCAAGGCAGUCGGCUGAAUAGACGGGCGGAACGAGCCAGAAUAGCGAUCUCCUCUGUUCCAACCAUCAGAGCAUUGUCGCAGGUUCUGGCGGGUUAAGAGCGUCUUAAAUAGUAAAGGGUCUACAACAGUAGUAAAUCUGGGCAUGCAGGCAUCUACCAAUACAUUCGGUUUUGCUCUAACAUUCUUGGGCUAGCAUGAGCUUGAUUUUCCUCCUCUGGGGUUGCAUGUCGACUCCAAACUUACCAG